UUGGAGGGAGUUUGCAUGUGGUCAGUGCUGUGUUGCUAAGCCAGCCCCCAGCUCACAUUACACACUACUGUAUUUAUAACCUCUCCGAGCUGUUUCCCCCUCCAAGCAGUUCUCUGGGACCACCUUCUAUUGGCUUCAACCUCUCCCACUUCUUGACAUCUGAGCAGCUCUGAGAAAGGCUCAUCUAGGUCCGAGCGUUUAUGCAGCGGAGACUGGCCACUAGGGCUAAAGACCUGGAUUAUCUGAGCUCAGCUGCCUGCUGCAAAGUCUGUCGUUGCCGUUUUGGAAAAAAAAAUCCCAACCCCGAUCUGUUUACAGUGAAAGUUGACAAAGGGUGGUGAAGUUGGAUCUUUCCUAAACUCUCCUGCCUGGAACCUGAGACUUGCAUGCCAUGGAUCACACACUCUUUGGCUGCCUGCGCAGCCCCCAUGCCACUGCGCAGAGCUUGCACCCUUUCUCCCAGUCUUCUCUUGCCCUGCAUGGAAGAUCUGACCACAUGUCCUACCCUGAUCUGUCUUCUUCUUCUUCCUCUUGCAUAAUAGCGGGAUACCCCAAUGAGGAGGGCAUGUUUGCCAGCCAGCAUCAUAGGGGGCACCACCACCAUCACCAUCACCACCACCACCACCACCAGCAACAGCAGCACCAGGCUUUGCAGACGAACUGGCACAUUCCUCAGAUGUCGUCUCCUCCCGCCGCGGCCAGGCACAGCCUCUGCCUUCAGCCCGACUCAGGAGGACCCCCGGAGCUGGGCAGCAGCCCCCCCGUCCUGUGUUCAAAUUCUUCCAGCCUGGGCACUAACACCCCCACGGGGGCAGCGUGUGCGCCAGGGGACUAUGGCAGGCAGGCUCUGUCCCCGGUGGAAACAGAGAAGAGGUCCGGCAAAAGGAAAAGCGACAGCUCAGAUUCCCAAGAAGGAAACUACAAGUCAGAGGUCAACAGUAAACCCAGGAAGGAAAGGACAGCUUUCACCAAGGAGCAAAUCAGAGAGCUAGAAGCAGAAUUUGCUCAUCAUAACUAUUUGACGAGGCUGAGGCGAUAUGAGAUAGCAGUAAACCUUGACCUCACUGAAAGACAGGUAAAAGUUUGGUUCCAGAACAGACGAAUGAAGUGGAAGCGGGUAAAAGGGGGCCAGCAAGGGGCAGCAGCCCGGGAGAAGGAACUGGUGAAUGUGAAAAAGGGCACGCUGCUCCCCUCCGAGCUCUCCGGCAUUGGCGCAGCAGGUCUCCAGCACACGGGGGACUCACUAGCGAACGACGACAGCCACGACAGUGAUCACAGCUCUGAGCACGCACACUUAUGAUACACAGAGAGUGUCCCAGCUCCGUUCUCAGGAAAGAUGCUUUGCUGGCAAGCCUUACACAGGCAUCGUUUACGUAUGCAAGUGACUCCGGCAGUGAUUUUUAAAGUUGUUACGGAAAAUUCAGGCUUAUUGUGUCUGCUUUUCUUGAUUUUUAGAUGGUUUACACUAAGUGCCAUGUCUUAAAGGUGCCUCAAGAGUGGAGAAGUGGAAGACAAACUUACUUUGAACAUUCCAGAUUUGUUUGUCAUGUUUAUGACAGCGGGCAGGUAUUUUUGCUUUAGCUUGCACUGAAAAUUACAUUGCUCUCAACAGACGUUAUAUUCUGAAAACCACAGUGCCACAAAAUCACUAUCUAGUGGAUAAGAAAUGUAUUUUAACUCUGUAUAUAUUUACCUUACAGCAUUUUCCUGUCUUCACUAAUUUUAGCAAUGCAUUCAUAUUAGCUGAUGGCAAUAUUCACUCAUGACAGUAAAUGGCUUUUUGUCUCUUUAUUUUUGUUUUGUUUUUCCAAAGACAUACAAUACAUGCAGAUACUUUUGUUCAAUUAGAGAACAAUACAACAGUGUCUGCUAGGACACGUCCUUGUAUGACAGACAAAACAAACCUUAUGUUGCAUUUACUAUCAACUGCUGCUAAUAGGGUAUUAUUAAACUUACCUAGCUCCUCAAUUCUUCUUAUCUUAUAACUGCAAAAAAUGAUUUUUAGGAUCAUAAGGAUAGUCCAGUAACCUGCCAAAAAGUGUCAUGUUCCACUCAUGCUUGGUGGAAACUUCCCAAAGGAUUAUUCAUUUCUACUUUGUCAUAAUUGAGUACAUUGAUAAAUACUGACACUCUGCAGAAAUGUUGUUGCUUCAUCUUCAGUUUAAAAAUAACAGCAGAUAAGCUGAAAGUUAUUAUCAACUGUUUAUGUUGGUAGAAAUCAAAAUAUGAAGGUAACUCAGUAUUGUGUCCCAUAUAUAAAAUCAAGACACAAUUUCUGUUAUAAGCUUUUGUGUACAUACAGGCAAAUACCAAACCCCAAAAUUUAAUGCAAACCAUUGAUUGUACUUUGUAAAGAAAUAUGUUUAAUAAAUAAUCCUUUUUAAAUAA